AUGGAAUAUGCCUAUCGAGAGUGGUCAUUUAAUAAUAACCAUUAUCGCUUUUAAAUAUUUUUCAGUUUUAUAGGAGGAUAUUUAAUUGUGAUGAUCAUUAAAUUUAACAGCGCAAAUACAUUGCUUCCCUUGAUUAUAUCAUGCAUAAGCUUGUGUCUAGAACUAACACUUCUUUUCUUCAUUAGAAAGUAUAAAGAAAAAGUCGAGAUAAUAAUGACAUUGAAUCAAAUACUAUUAUCUGUAAUUUGCGAGUUUUAUCGGAUUUUUGCUUAGAAAUCAAACCUAUGGUAUUUAGGUUAUAGCCUUGCUUGCAUGAAACUAAUAAUUUAUGCUCGAGGCAAUAAAUUUAUUGUAUAAACAGGUUUGUAAGUGAUUUGUCAAUGCUGCUCAUUUAUUUUUAUGGAAGAUGAAGAUGUCUACUUUAUAGUGAGUCAUAAUCUGUUAACUUUUCUAUUGGUCAUAUUUAGAUAUUAACUUGAAUUAAUAAAUCGAAAAUAUUUUAUUGCCAGUCAAUCCUAAUGUUAGUAUGAAAAUUUGAUCUAAGAUCUACUCCCUUCCUGGGUUGUCAUUGUGAAAUAUGAUAAGAUGCAAGGGUAAUUGUGUAUUGACAAAAUAAAUCGAAAUAUGCAAGACAAAUUUGACAUUAAAAACGAUAAAUGUUUUAGGGAGUUCUUAAGAAAUUUAAAAGUGUUACCACACGAGUUCGAAAGGCAGAACGUUUAAUUUAUUAAACUAGAGCAUACUCUCAUCCGAAAACUGUAAACGAAUAGAGAAGAUUAAACAGUUGAAAGGUAUCACGCCUUUAUGGAUAAGAAGGAUAGUAAAACGAAAUAACAGAAAUUUAAGAUUACAUAGGUUUUUUUUAAAACCUUUGAACCCUCAAUCAUACUACUUUUUGAAGAAAUAAAGGAGGACAAAUAUGAUCAACUAUUGUAUUAAGUUUAAUAGAGAGAUUAUACAUCUUGUACUAAUGCACGAAUAUCACUUGGGAAUUUAAAAAAAUAAAUUUAAUUAUUAAAAUAUUUAAAAUCUCUAAUUCCACAAUGGUUUAACGGGAAACAAUCAUAAUUUAUAAAUUCACUUACAUCUAGCAUCAUGGAUUAAAUUCAAAAUGGUUAUAUUAUGUUUAAUUUGAAUUUUGAUGUUUUAAAUCUCUUUAAAAUAUCUCAUAGACAACUUAAAUUUGAAAUAAAUUAAAUUUAACCCUCAAUUUUGAUGGAAUAAUUAUGCGAAGAUUUACAGUUAUCCAGGAAGCUGAUUAAUAAGUAUGUAGUUUCAGCAGAAUUUACUGAAAUUAUUAAAACUGAUAAGGCUAAAUUGAUUUCUAUCAUUAUUAAUCUAGUUGAGUUUUGUAAGAUUUUACUUUCGAUAAUACACGGAGAUGAUAAAAUCUUAUCUUAGGCUGUGCCUUUAGGAUCUUAAAUUUAAAUUCAUCUUAAAUAAACGAAACAAUAGAAGAAUUGCAUAAAAAUUAGUUUAACGCAUCCUAAGUUGUUUAUCUCACCUUUCGUUAGGGAUUUAUUCGCAAAUAUAGAAACAUCUAUCGAUCAUAAAAAGAGAAAUUGGAGUUCGAGAAACUAUUUUGAAAUGAUUAAUUAACUUAAUUCUACUUUUUAAUAAAUCUAUGAAUAUUACAAAAAAGACCAUAAAUCUACAGAUUUAAUAGAUGAUGAUUUUCAUUACUUAUUUUAGAACUAAAAAUCGAAUUUGAAUAUAAGUGAGGAAUCAAGAGGAUUUACUCACUAAAAUAAUGUUCAACCUUAAUUUUAAUUCAAUGUUUUAGGUUAUCCUAUGUCUCAAUAUUUGAUUAGUUAGUUGGGACCAUGGAAUAAAAUAAGGUUUAAGAAUAGAUAUUAGAAUUUCAUAUAAACUCCUUCUUAAAAGAGUAUAAAUACCCAAAACACAAAAUUGUAAUUUCUUCUUUACUAAGACUUAAAUGAUUUUAUAUAGGAGUUAAAUUAAUUAGAAAAACCAAUUCUUGAAAUUUAUCAAAAAAAGAAAUUAAGUAAUCAUGAUAUCAGCUAAAAAUUUUAUUAUGCUUAGUUGGCAUCUUCUCCAAGAAAAUUUGGGUGA